GUGGUGUUUUACGAGUGCUCCUAGCUGCGCUGUGUCAGGGAAGUGCCUUUCUGCAGCCUCCUCUUAAAAAUAAAAAGCUGAAAAAAUAAGCUGAAAGAAGACGCCUUAGGAACCGAACUCAAUGCGAACUCUUUUUAGGGUCUCGGGGCACAGUGACACUAAUCGAAGCCCGAGCGCAGAGCACGAACCAGCAACUCACAAAUUGAAGCCGCGCAACCCUGACGAGAGCCGGAAACCCGCCCGGGUGCGAAGGGGGGAGGGAGCAGAGGGAGCUGCGCAUGCGCCGCCCUACGGCCGCCAUUCAGCUGUUGGGCGGCACGCGACCCCCCGCCCUCGCGCGCUCCGUGUGACGUCGGCCGCCGCGCUUCGCUUCCAGCCAGCUCUCCCGCUGCCCCCGAGCCCCAACCCCGCCGCGGUUAUGGAGGCUGCGGCUGCAGGGAUCAGUUCCAUCUUCAUGUGUAAGCUUUGUAACUUAUUUUCACCAAAUCAGUCAGAACUAUUGUCUCACGUCUCUGCGAAGCACACAGAAGAAGGGACUAAUGUGGACGACAUCAUUAUUCCACUCCAGCCUCUAACAGCGCCGACAGACAUAAACAGAAAUGGAGAAGAGCUUCUUGCAGUGAAAAAGAAAAGGGGCAGGCCAAAAGGGUCUACUAAGAAGUUAUGUGUGGAUGAAGACGUUGCAGAAAAUAACUCUGUUCAGAAUGAAGAAGCUCAGCCUGGGACAGAAGAAGGACCAGAAGUGGCUGAAGUCUCACCAGGCAGCUUGGAAUGUAGGAAAUGCAAUCGGAAGUUCUCUAACACACGUCAGCUGAGGAAACAUAUCUGCAUUAUUGUUUUAAAUGAAGGAGAAGAAGAAGGAGAUGGAGGUAAUGAUUCUGACGUUGACCUUGACAGGAAGGAAGAUGAGCGAGAAAAAACUCCAAAGAGGCCCAGAGUACAGAAAACAGAGAAAACUCCAUCAACUAAGGAGACUGAACAGGUUCCAGGAGCUAAAAAUCCUAUAAUAAGUGUGGUUUUGACAGCCCAUGAAGCUAUUCCAGGAGCCACAAAAAUUGUUCCAGUUGAGGCUGCUCCCCAAGAAAGUGAACCCACUACUCCAGAAACAGUGGUUCAAGACCCAUCACAACGAAGAGGAUAUCAAGAAUAUGCAAUUCAGCAAACUCCAUAUGAACAGACAAUGAAAUCAAGCAGGUUGGGUCCAACUCAGCUGAAGAUCUUUACGUGUGAAUACUGCAACAAGGUGUUCAAAUUUAAACACUCCCUUCAAGCACAUUUGAGGAUUCAUACAAAUGAAAAACCUUACAAGUGUUCAUACUGCAAUUAUGCCAGUGCAAUCAAAGCCAACCUUAAUGUUCACAUGCGGAAACAUACAGGGGAGAAGUUUAGCUGUGACUAUUGUACAUUCACAUGUCUCAGCAAAGGCCAUCUUAAAGUCCAUAUUGAAAGAGUUCACAAGAAAAUUAAGCAACAUUGUCGCUUCUGCAAAAAGAAAUACUCAGAUGUUAAAAACUUGAUCAAGCAUAUCAAGGAAACACAUGACCUUCAAGACAAGAAGGUGAAAGAUGUUUUUGAUGAGCUUCGCUUGAUGACACGAGAGGGCAAAAGACAACUUCUUUAUGACUGCCAUAUUUGUGAACGCAAAUUUAAAAAUGAACUCGAUCGAGACCGUCAUAUGCUUGUCCAUGGUGAUGAAAGGCCCUUUGCUUGUGAGCUCUGUGGUCAUGGAGCCACUAAAUACCAAGCUCUUGAGCUUCACGUUCGCAAACACCCAUUUGUCUAUGUGUGUUCUGUGUGCCUGAUGAAAUUUGUCAGUUCUGUAAGACUCCGUGCUCACAUAAAAGAAGCACAUGCAGAUUUGCAGGAAAAUUCUGUUUUUAACAGUUCCAUCAAUCAAAGUUUCUGCCUGCUUGAGCCAGGGGGUGAUAUACAGCCAGAAGCACUUGGUGAACAGCUAUCGCAAACUGCACAUGAAUUAAUUGUCAUGAGUACUAAUGCUGUUAACACACCAUCUACUUGCACAGAUGAAUCAGUAGCUGCAGAUGUAAACCAUAAUGAUCAGCAUAAUGGUGACUUAAAAACUAAUACCGUUCCUUCCUUAGAAUGUGAAAAUACUCUGGUAGAGAACGUAAGAGAGACUGUCUGCGAGGCAUCAACAGACACAGCAGUCACAAACGUUCAAUCCUGUGUACUGUCAGAUUGCUUUCUGCUGAAAAAUGGUACCUCUGCUCCUGAUGAGUUAAAAGAUUCUGCUGCAAAUGGAGAGGAAUGUAAUCACUGCAGUUCUGUAAAUGAACAGGGUGAAGAAAUACAACUUUUGCUCUCUGAGGAUGCGAGUUUAAAUGUGAGUCAAAACAGUGCAGUGACUGAGGAUCUUUCAGUUUCUGAAGAGAAAAAUCAGUCUGUUCCUUCUAGUGAGUCAGAAACAAGCAAUCCAUCAGUUCAGAACUCAACAGGAGCCACUGACCCUUUGCUAGCACCAGAUUCUAAUGCAGCCAUCAGUCCACAGGCAGCCUCUUCUAAUGCAGAUAAAUCAGAUAAUCGGAGCGGAGCUGUUGCCUUUAUGCAGAUCUUGGAUAGCUUACAGAAGAGACAAAUGAACACAGAGUUGUGUGAGAGGAUAAGGAAGGUUUAUGGAGAUUUGGAAUGUGAAUAUUGUGGCAAGUUAUUUUGGUACCAAGUGCAUUAUGACAUGCAUGUUCGUACGCACACUCGAGAACAUCUAUAUUAUUGCUCCCAGUGCAGUUACUCUUCCAUCACCAAAAACUGCCUUAAGCGUCACGUCAUUCAAAAACACAGUAAUAUUUUGCUGAAAUGUCCUACGGAACAUUGUGACUACUCUACUCCAGAUAAAUACAAGCUCCAGGCACAUCUUAAAGUUCACUCAGAGCUGGAUAAAAAGAGUUAUUCCUGUCCUGUGUGUGAGAAGUCAUUUUCCGAAGAUCGACUUAUAAAAUCGCACAUCAAGAUAAAUCACCCUGAGGUUUCAAUGAGUACCAUUUCUGAGAUUCUUGGCAGAAGAGUUCAGUUGAAAGGACUUAUCGGAAAACGAGCUGUGAAAUGUCCCUAUUGUGAUUUUUAUUUUAUGAAGAAUGGGUCAGACCUUCAGCGUCACAUUUGGGCUCAUGAAGGUGUCAAACCCUUCAAAUGUUCUCUCUGUGAGUAUGCCACUCGCAGCAAGAGUAACUUGAAAGCACACAUGAAUCGUCACAGCACUGAGAAAACACACCUUUGUGACAUGUGUGGGAAAAAGUUCAAAUCAAAAAGCACUUUGAAGAGCCAUAAACUCCUUCAUACUGCUGAUGGAAAGCAGUUUAAAUGUACAGUAUGUGACUAUACAGCUGCCCAAAAGCCACAACUCCUACGUCAUAUGGAACAACAUGUCUCUUUCAAGCCUUUCCGUUGUGCACACUGCCAUUAUUCCUGCAACAUAUCUGGUUCCCUGAAGAGGCAUUACAACAGAAAGCAUCCUAAUGAAGAGUAUGUAAACGUAGGUUCUGGGGAGCCUGCCGCAGAAGCCCUUAUCCAACAAGGGGGCAUUAAGUGUCCUGUUUGCAGUUUUGUAUAUGGUACAAAAUGGGAGUUCAACAGACAUCUUAAGAACAAGCAUGGAGCAAAGCUUGUGGAACACGGUGGGGAAGCGAAAUGGGAGUUAACUGCUGAAGUUUCUGAAGAAGCAUCUACUCAGUAUCUCCAUAUCACGGAGGCUGGAGAAGAUGAUCAAGGUACUCAGGCUGCUGUAGCUGCUUUACAGAACCUUAGAUACACUUCUGAAAAUGGUGAAAGACUUGAUCCAACAGCUGUAAACAUUCUGCAGCAAAUCAUUGAGUUGGGAUCAGAAACCCAUGAUGCCACUGCAGUUGCUUCUGUAGUUACCAUGGCACCUGGAACUGUGACAGUAGUAAAGCAGGUAAAAGAAGAGGAGCAAUCAGCCAAUCACACUUUGAUGAUUCAAGAGACUCUGGAGCAGGCCUCAGUGGAGCUGUCUGAACAGCAUCACCUGGUAGUCUCGUCAGAUGAAGUGGAGGGAAUCGAGACAGUGACUGUCUACACACAGGGUGGAGAAGCUUCAGAAUUCAUAGUUUAUGUUCAGGAAGCGAUGCAGUCUGUAGAAGAACAACCUGUGGAACAAUCUGUGCAGGAGCUCUAAAGAAUGGUAUUUAAAUGAGUUGGCUACUUGAUUUGCCAAAGCCACAACUUUUAUUUCUUUUCCUAACACAAGCAAAAACAAGCCAGCAGACAGAUUUUUGGUUAAUUUGUGAGGUAAUCUGGCUGGUUGGAUUGUAUCAGUAACUUUCAGUACAGAACUACCCUGGACUUUCUUUUCCUGAAAACAUGUUCCUAUUAUGAGGAAAAAAUAUUCUUCCCUAAGUUCUCUUGUUUGACUCCUGUAAAUGUCCAAAGGAUUGUUUGCUCAAAAUCGUUUUAUACCACAAUAAAAAAAAACAUCCAUCAAAGCAACAGAUUGUCUAGAAAAGUCCAUCCAUCCCAUCUUAUGGAUACUAAGUUUGUGCUUGACUUCAAUGGAAAUGUGGGUUUUUUUGGUGGAUUUUUUUUUUUUUUUUUUUUUAGGAAAAAUUAGAAGGGCUUCUUAUUUCUGAAUAUAUGCUUAGAAUGUAUUGGCAGAUUUGUAGACCUAACCCAAUCAAAGACUAAAGAUUUAGAAAUAUACCACAGAUGGAUUUUAAGUUGUAUUUGUGAACUGAUUGUUUGGGAGAUAUUUAAAGCCAUAUACGAUAAUUCUAGGUACCAAUUAUUUUUUAGAUAAUUGGAUAAUGAUAACUCUUUCCAUGCCACUGAAUAAAGAACUGUUCAGUACCAUAUGAUGAAACCAAAUGUUUGUCAACUCAAUGAAAUAGUCUUCUGUUUUUAAGAAAAAAAUAUAUUCAAAUUAUUUGUAAAUGCUAUAAAAUAUGUUUACUCAUGUUUUAAAAAGAUGUUUGUAAAUAUGGCUGUGUGAAAGAACUUGUACAAAGAGUGAGUAAAUAUUGACAAAAAUUUAGGUAUUCUUAAUUGUAAAUGUAUAUAGUUCCAGAUUUUUGUUUGUGAAUUUGAAUUGUUUCUGACUUAAUAUUUUUAAAUUUGAGCUAUAAAAGUUACUAAUUAAUAAUAAAAUUGUCAUGUUUUCAUUUAAUGCACUAAUUACUUAAGUGUUGACUUCCUUUUCACAGCUAAGUAAAGUCUGCUGUUUUGUAUGACUGACAAAUUAUUUGUCCAGUUAGUAGUUUCUAAUCAGGAAAGUAGUGUAAUGAAGUCUAGCAGGAAUUAUUUAUGUAAUUGAACUUAUUUAUGGGUAUUCUGAGUGGAAAAGUGGAGAAAAGCUUUUAAAUACAUUCAUGUAAUGUA